AUGGAAGAGCGAACAGGAGUUUUCGCGGCAGGCGACAAUCAAUUGACCUUGCUGGGACCGGAGAUAAGCGUGGGACAGCAGGCGCCCAAUUUCACAGUUUCAGGCGCGGGUCUGAGACGAGUAACCCUCGAUGACUACGCAGGCAAGGUGAAGAUCAUCGCGUCGGUUCCUUCGCUGGAUACCGGAGUGUGCAGCGACGAGACCAAGCAGUUCAGCGACUAUGCCAAGUCAAUAUCGGAUGACAUAGUCGUCCUCACAAUCAGCAUGGAUUUGCCCUUCGCUCAAGCACGCUGGUGCGGCGCGAACGAUGUUGACAAUGUGGUGACCGCCUCGGACUUUAAGUCGCGCGAGUUCGGCGACAGUUUUGGCGUUCACGUGAAGGAGAACGGUUUGCUGGCGCGCGCCGUCUUCGUGCUGGACAAGGACAAUGUUGUGCGGCAUGUGGAGUAUGUACCGCAGAUAGCGCAAUUGCCCAAUUUUGACGCCGCGCUUGCCGCCGCCAACGAAGCCGCCGGGUAG